UUAUUCACGUAAAAAAGUAUUCUCACCAACCUUGUUGCUGUUUUGCCCUUCCAUCCAUACAAUAUCUGUUCUUAAACCAUUUUAGUAGCUGUAAUUUGGUACUGAUCUGUUAAAACCUUGUCACUGUGCUGUGUCCUAACCUGGACAGACUGAUUGGUAUUUAUCAGACUCCUGUGUUAUAUUGUGUUUAGUUGAACCUGUGCUCUGGUACAGUACUAGUUGUAGAGAUAAUGUAUGAAAUUCUAAAACAAAACACAGCCCUCUGUUAUAUACUCAUCAUAGUGUUCUGGUUAGAAGACUUUUAAUAGACUGGUACCCAAUGAUUUUGUAUGUAAUCCUUUACCAUUGUUGCCCACCUGUAUUUUAUAUGUUUGUGGGGUUUUUGUUUUGUUUGCAGAUCUGAGUUUCAUCGUGUAUUGUAAUUGAGCUUCUCCUGUCGUCACUAUGAAUGCUCUGUCACUUGCACCUUUGUGGUGUCUGCUUUUCUUCUCCCUGCUACCCCCAGCCCAAGCAAGCGAGGGCAGGAAAAAAUUGCAGAUUGGUGUGAAAAAAAGAGUGGAAAACUGCCCUAUUAAAUCUCGGAAAGGAGACACUUUGCAUAUGCAUUAUACAGGGAAGCUUGAAGAUGGCACAGAGUUUGAUAGCAGCAUCCCCAGGAAUCAGCCGUUCACCUUUACACUGGGCACUGGGCAGGUUAUCAAGGGAUGGGACCAGGGGCUUCUUGGAAUGUGUGAAGGAGAGAAGAGGAAGCUGGUAAUUCCUUCUGAACUUGGAUAUGGAGACAGAGGAGCGCCUCCCAAAAUACCAGGUGGAGCUACACUGAUCUUUGAAGUGGAAUUAUUGGAGAUCGACAGACGAUCGGAUUUAUAAAGAUGGGUGGAGGGCCGUCUCAUUCCUUUGUCUGGGGCACAGUAUUUGUGUUGGGGACAGCCUGUCACUGUACUGAAUAAACAGACACUAAACGUUUA